GCAAAGUUAAAUAUAAUGUUUCAGCGAACGGCCUCUUUAUCUUAUCCCUCACAUCCAUGUACCGAACCAUCUGGGGUCUUCUCUCCUCGACAGCAUCGGCAAUGGCCUGGUGUUCCUCAGCAGUCAACGGCAGUACAUUCUUUGGAAGCUUUCUGCGCAGCACACGGUAUCUGCUGCAUAUGCUCUGCAAAGAUGCAUUGAGAUCGGCAAUAACCUCAUGCAUAUCUGUCUCUGUCGGGUGUCUGUAUAACGCGCAGUGGUCCAUAAUUAUCUGGUCCUCCUUUUCUGUCCACGUCCGGCGCUUCGCCCUUUUCUUCUUCCCGUUUGGUCCCCCAGUACUCUCAUCUACGAUAACUGACAGAUCCUUGCCGUGCAUCAAACCAGCAUACCACUUUUCCGUAUCUUUAUCCAUCUUCCCACCAUUGGGUAACGGCGUGUUUGAGCCAGAUUGUCUGAAGGAUUUUAACAUAUACGUGGCAAUAAAUUUGCAAUGCUGGGCGUCGCGGUGGAGGGUGUGGGAUACGUGAGACCAGUCAGGAGUAAGUUUGCGAACUUCGUGCUGGUGUGUGUAUAAAAACAGCGCUCGUCGUUCGCUUAGUGACCAGAGUUUUUGUGCGCGGUGGUGUGUGCUGUUUGUAUUAUCAUUGCCGCUGUUGCUGCUGGUGCUGUUGUGCCAAUUUGGGUGUGCUGGGAGGUUGGGUUUCAGGAAGGUCAGAGUGCGAAUUUGGCGUUGAGUCCAAUGUAGAGGGCGGAUAAUGUAUUUUAAACUAAACAUUGAAUAGGGAGUCGCUUUGUUGUGUGGUUGAGAUUUUUUGAAGUAAAUGUAAUGUAUGAAAAAGGCUAUUUGAACUAAAAAACGCAAUAUAAAAUAAUUGCUUAAAAUGUUUACAGCUAAUCCAAUACGCCUUGGCGUAUGGUUAAUAGUCA